AUGGCGUCAGAACACGAAAGAAAAGUUGUUAAAGUGGUUGUUUUGGGCGAUAUCGGUAGAAGUCCACGUAUGCAAUAUCACGCGUUAUCUCUUGCAAACAAUGGAUUGGAUGUGAAUAUUAUUGGUUAUUUGGAUUCUGAACCUCUGUUGGAAAUUACAGAACAUCCUCACAUAACCAUUACCCAACUCCAUCCUAUCAGUAUUGGCCCUAGAUUGAUAAGAUAUGUAGCCAAAACUAUUUGGCAGACAAUAAGUUUACUGUUUACGUUAUAUGUAACCGGCAAAUGUCAUUAUGUUCUGUGUCAGAACCCACCGGCAAUACCUACAUUGCCAGUAUGUAGAAUAUAUUGCUUAUUUAGUAAAGCUAAAUUUAUUAUAGACUGGCACAACUAUGCAUAUUCAAUAAUGGCUAUGUCUCUGUCGCCUGACCACAUUAUUGUCAGAAUAGCCAGGUUUAUUGAAACAUUCUUUGGCCAGUCAGCAGAUCAAAGUAUGUGUGUCACAUAUUCUAUGAAGGAAGACCUUAUGAUGAAUUGGAAUGUAAACAAUGCAAUAGUUCUUUAUGACAGACCACCAAAAAUAUUUAGGCCACUUACGCUACAAGAAAAACAUGACUGGUUCCUUCAGCUCAGCAAGACCUAUCCUGCAUUUGGGGAUGAGGAAUUAAGUGAAGUUAAUGUGCCUCAUGCAAAAACUCGGUUUACUAAAGAAGUCAAUGGCAAAGUAGAACUAAGGUCUGAUAGACCAGGCCUUCUGUUUAGCAGCACCAGCUGGACUGCUGAUGAAGAUUUUGGUUUGCUUAUGGAGGCUUUACAACUUUAUGAAAAUUCUUGUAACCUUACUGAUAAAUUACCAAAAUUGGUCUGUGUGAUUACUGGUAAGGGACCUGAGAAAGAGUGGUAUCUCAAGAAGAUAGAGCAGAAGCAAUGGAAGAACAUCCAGGUGUUCACACCUUGGCUGGAAGCUGCUGAUUAUCCCAAAAUGGUGGCCAGUGCAGAUCUCGGAGUUUGUUUGCACACCAGCUCAUCCGGACUAGACCUCCCUAUGAAAGUAGUUGACAUGUUUGGUGCUGGAUUACCUGUUUGUGCUUUUGAUUUCCUCUGCCUUGAUGAACUUGUUGAAAAUGGAGUAAACGGAUACACCUUUAGAACAAGUGAAGAACUCUACAAAGAAUUAACAAAUUGGUUCCAAGGUUUUCCAAAUAACAGUCAGCAGAAUGCAAUAGCAGAUAGAAUGCGCAAGGAGAUCACCACUUUCAGAGAAGUUGGUUGGGAAGACAACUGGAACCUUAGAGUUAAAAAACUAUUUCAAUGA